AAUUCAAUUGUAGACGCUAUCGUUGCCAUGAACUGCAGAAACUAAACGAAGGGUCGGUCGGUCGAGGUUCUUCUAACUGUGACUCCGACAGGGUUGCACAAUAAGACCGAGACGAGGAAGACGAUGAUGAUACUCCUGCUCCUGCUCUUCCUCGGCAUCUCCGCUUUGCUCUUCAAGUUCGUCACCGCCGAUGGAGACUUCACGUUGAUGUCGAAGAGGCAUGUCAAGCGCGACGAGAUUGAAGAUAAGGUUGUCUGGAUCACUGGCGCUAGUCGUGGGAUUGGGGAGAUUCUCGCGAAGCAACUAGCGAAUCUGGGGGCGAAGCUCAUACUCUCUGCUCGGAGUGAAGCUGAAUUGGAGCGCGUCAAGGCUCAGCUCACUGGUAAACACGCGCCUGAUGAAGUGCAAAUCUUGCCGCUAGAUUUGGCAUCCGGAGAAGGUUCUCUCCGGCGGGCUGUGGAGAAGGCUGAAUCUUUCUUCCCUGGCUCUGGUGUUGACAUUAUGAUCCACAAUGCGGCCUUUGAGCGCCCUAAAACAACAGCUUUGGAUGUGACGGAAGAAAGCUUUAAGGCAACAUUCGAUGUUAAUGUCUUUGGGACUAUAUCUUUGACUCGGCUUUUGGCACCUUUCAUGCUCAGACGUGGCAGGGGUCAGUUUGUUGUGAUGAGUAGUGCAGCUGGGAAAGCACCUGCACCUGGUCAAGCUGUGUAUUCUGCAUCCAAGUUUGCUUUAAAUGGUUACUUCCAUACUUUGCGUUCUGAGCUCUUCCGGAAAGGAAUCAAGGUGACUGUUGUUUGUCCUGGACCAAUAGAGACAUCAAAUGGAUCUGGAGCGACAGCAUCCACGAAGAGGAGCUCCUCAGAGAAGCGUGUGUCAUCUGAAAGAUGUGCUGAAUUGACAAUAAUUGCAGCCUCUCAUGGCUUAAAGGAAGCUUGGAUAUCAUACCAGCCUGUACUUGCUGUCAUGUAUUUGGUGCAGUACAUGCCAACAAUCGGCUAUUUUCUCAUGGACAAGAUUGGCGGGAAUCGAGUUGAAGCAGCUGCUCAAAAAGGCAACACCUAUUCUUUGGGCUUGAUUUUUGGGAAAGGAAAGGCAGCAUGAAACCAUCAACUGGCACAGUUAAUUUGUCACGGUACUGUACACAUUUCGAGUAUUUUUCUAUUCGUCUGGAAGAGCUUCUGUAUUCUCCUCCCUAGGGGACAUGAGUUGCACGCUUACAGAGUAAUGAUGCUUGUAUGAGCUGACUUGAAAGCAGGCACCUGAAAAUGAAUAAUCAUUUCGACCAAUUUGUAAUAGGUCAAUUUCAAUGCAAACUCAGUUACCAUGA